GAGAGCAGGAGAGCGAGCGAGCGAGCGAGGAGAGGGAGGAGGAGAGGGAGGGCAGGAAAGAAAACUUUUCACUUCAGAGGAGCCACAGAGGAAGCGUGUGCGUGUGUGCGUGCUGGAGCGGAGACCAUGCAGGAGGAGUCUGGAGAGACACUGAGCAGUGAAAGCAAUGGGGUGUCAGAGUGGCUGUGCCCCCUCUGCCAACAAGGCCAAACAGACAGAUCCUCCCUUUCUCUGCAUCUCACGGAGCAACACAGUGUACUUCCCUCUUGUGUCGACAGACUGCUGGAUAUUGCUGUUCUAAAACUGGGUGCCAGCGGAGGAGAAGAGGACAAAGGUGCUCAAAAGUCUUCAGAUUCUGAAUCCUCACAACCGAAGCACGCUGAAGACGACGUCACUUCAGAACCCGGUCAAUCGAGUAAGAGUUCAGACGCUACCCCAACACUUGUAGACAAAGAGAUGGAGGAAGAGAGAAUAAUUGAGCAGGGGGGAGUAUUUCCCUCCUCUGAGCCAGAGGAGGAGGGAAAUGAACUCACAGGAGCCAAACGGCAAAAUGCAACUGAAAACACAGAAAUCCCAGACGCCAGUGAACAGUCAGUUGGUAAAAAUGGUGUGCCAGCUGAAAAUAACACCCGCUCAUUCAAAUGCAAUGCCUGUCUGGAAACUUUUGCCAGCAGAACUGCCUUGAGCGUUCAUUACAACUCAGCAUCCCACAUUCAGAGGAUGACGACAGGCUUUGCAGAGAGCGAUCCCCAAUUUCCCUCAGUUCCUGUUCUGCCUCGGCCAUUUGUAUCAAACAAACCCUACCAGUGUGCUGUAUGUCGAGUCUCUUACAAUCACGCCAUCACCCUCGAGAGCCAUAUGAAAUCUGUCUUGCACCAGACCCGCAGCAGGAAUGCUGGAAUUGUUGCACAUGCUGCAACCAGCACAGUGGCCACUGCUGGAUUGGGAGGCAUCACCCCCACUGCUCCAAAUGCUGUGGUGAGCACACCUGGAAGUGUAUCCACUCAGUUAGUGACCACCACCAACUGUGCUGCUCCUGGAACCGUGAUGGUGACUACUACAAAAGACGGAGAGCAGAUUCAAACUUCCCAAGUGGCUCCCUCCCUUCUCACCUCCCCUGUGGCCUCAGCUCAGGCAGUCUCAGCCUUCCUCACCCUCCUUACAUCGAGUCCAAACACCCUCUCACACUCCCUCCUCCCCUCCCUGUUUGCAGCCGGUGCUGCUCCUGGUGCAGCCACACAUCAGCUCGUGCCUCACCCGCAAAUGGUCAUGCCCUUGAUCUUGAACGGGCUCCAAGCCCAAACUCAGCAGCACCAAGAAAACCAGCAAGGCCAGCUCCUUACCCAGUGUGUGCCAUUUGUAGGUCUAAGCACAGCCCAGCAAGCCCUCCUAACCCAAAGACUUAGUAGCUUACAGAGCCAAUGGCCCUCUGCAGGACUUACGACAAACGUAAGUCAGCCCUGCCCGGAUGAGCAAAAACAGACUAUAAAUUGUGAGAGAGAACAAGAGAGGCAGGACAGUGAUGAGACGGUUGAGGAGGAGGUCUCGGCUCAGAUCAAGGACAGCGAUAACAAGAUGACAGUCAACAAUAAAACAGAGAAACUUAAGAAAGAGGACACUAAAGAAGCACAGUGUCCUAAUAUAGAAAAAAAAGUGAAGGCUGAGAAUAGUGAAGACAAUGGGAAGACACAUAGAGAUAGCACAACAGAUGGAGGCCGCUCGACUAAUCAGCUGGACCUGGAAGGUGAUAAAGCAGCUAGCCUGAAUCUCUCCCCAGCGGGCACAGAGAAAAGCCUCCGCAAUAACAGCCUCUCGCCUUCUGCAUCUGUGCCCAGCAACUCAACCCUCAGUCCUGUACAUUUAAACCUUACGCUCAGCCCUGAUUCUACUCCUCAAAAAUCACAAUCUGGGACUAGUCCUUGUGGUUGUCUUGGCACCCCGAAAUCCAGUCCGAAUACAAAUGCCUUAACUAACAACCAAACUCGAUCCCAUUGUAGUACAAUAGGAUCAAUUUAUUCAGAACUUCCAGUGCUGUCAGAGUUCCAGUCGGAGGUUCUCUGGGCGUUCUUUGAGUCACGUAGCGCGGCUGAUGCUGCAAGUCCUCCUCGUGAAGACUGCGAGGCGCUAGGCAGAGAGGUCGGGCUCUCCGAGGACGAGGUACGUAGGUGGCUGAGCCAAGCCCGACAAGCCAAACGGAGGCAGAGGGCGACAGAGUCUGACCGCCUGCAAAGUUCUGCAGGAUUUACAAGGCACUCCCAGAGUUCUGACUAUGAUGAUGAGGAAAGCUCACUAAUUAUAGCAGAAGGUGAAGAUGAUGCGGAAGCUUCAGGGAGUCAGGCAAUAGAUUUGUCUAGUACAAGAGGGAAACGCAGACCGAGAGAUUUGGGAGUGGAGGGUCAGGGAGAUUCCUGUCUCACGUCUGACUCAGAAAAUGAGGUGUACACCUCUGUUAUUGUGUCUGAUGAGGAAAGUCAGAGUGGGUCUGUGAGGGAGGGUACUGAGAGCCCUGCUAAAGGUGAAGCACUCCGGGAGGUCCAUGCUGAUAAAGGAUCAGUUGGAGGAAAGGUCUUGCGCUCCACAACUGUGUUUCUCUCCGAUGCAGAGGAUGAGUAUGAAGAUGAGGAGGGUGGAGGAGGUCAGAGGUCCAAAAGGAAAAAAAGGAAGGGGGAGUUUGAGCGUGACGAGGUGGAGGUAAAGAAGGAGAGACAGGACCCAGAUGUGGAUCUAGAGUUGGAGGCCCAAGGGGAUCCUCCAAGUUCACAGUUCCACUUAAUGGACCAUCCUGAGAUUCCAACCAGUGCUCUGCACUCACUUCCCUUGUCCCUCUCUCACUUCUCCACUCAGUUCCUUAGUCCCUAUGUCCUCUCCCUUACUCCCUCAAUGGUUGGAGAUGGGAGCAAAAUACCAGUCUUUCCUAACCCUCCAACAAUCACACGCUUCUCAAGCUCUGUUCUGUCGCCGUCACUCUCCUCCCACAACCAAACUUCUCAUUACCUGUCGAAUGGGGGGGACUGUGAGUCUGCUCUGGACCUCAGCAUGGGAAAAAACAGCUCAAAAUCUGCUUCUUCCUCCUCAUCUCUGGCUGAUAAGAUUGCAGCACAGAAGGGACAGCUGCUGGAUGGACUUGGCUUGAGACCCACAUCAAAAGGUCUUGUCGUCGUCCAAGUUAAGCCUGAAUCAGUUGGUGUGAUGCCCUCAUCUAACAGCAGCAUGAGUCUUGUCAACUGCAAUAACAUGAAAAAGUCUAGUAUUUACAUGAGGUCAACUGAGAAAAUGAAUAAAACUUUAUUGGAAAGGGAACAAGAAAAAGAAAGGGAGAAGGAAAAGGAGAGAGACCAAGAUCCGCAGCAGAGGAGGGCUAAAGGAAAAAGGUAUCGGGACAUGCGACGUUCGAGAACCAUCAUUCAAGCUGAACAACUUGACGUUCUGUACGGCUGCUAUUUCAAAGACCCAAAUCCUGGAAAACAUGAGUUUGAACAGAUUUCAGAGUGGGUCCACCUCCCAAAGAAGGUUGUUCAGAUUUGGUUCCAGAACAUGAGGGCGAGGGAACGAAAGGGUGAGGUCAGGUUUAUCAGCGAUGGCACCCUGGCUGCGGUUGGCAAGCCUCUCAUCAAAUUUACGUGGCCUCUAUCCAAACCUAUAUUCUCCAACAAGCCUCCUUCAAACAAUACUGGGUGCAUUACAACUGCUCCGAUUGUGCGCACGCUCAUAAAGACAGAGAGGGAGCCUGUAAAGGAGCUGAGCAAACCAGUCAUGGUGAAAAAAGUAACCCCUGUUCCCAUCAAGCCUAAGGAGGUGGUUUCUUCUACUGCGGUCUCUCCUGUGAGCAGCAGUGUGUCUGCAGUGCCAAAGACCAAGCUUGAAACCACCAGCAACGUCACUAUGGUCAAAGUUGCACCCAAAGUCAACACCCCUGUCCUUUUAGCUCCGCCCAAGGAUCCAAUCCCCAUUGCCCCACGACCGGCCCAGAAACGAAAACUAGAGGAGGAGAGUGAGGAAGAAGAGACUGAUGAAGAGCUUGAGGAUGAGAUGGGUCCUGGACCAGGGACCACUAACCGCAUGGUGCCCAAGCUGCCCACAACCCCCAUCAACAACAGGCCUCCUGCCGCUACAGUGGUGCCACAAAAACAGAAUGGGCUUAACUACUGGACCCCCAAAGUCCCCAUAAAGAUCAACACUCUAUCAAGAGAACAACUGGCUCUUCCCACACAUGCGCCCCCUCGGACCAUCCCCCCACCCCCCACUCCCAGCAUUGCACCAGUUAGCCCGAACACCCCCAGCUCUGCCAAAGUGGCCAGCCCCAGCCCCUCCACCCCAGUCGUAGCUAAAUCAAGCCCAACAGAGAGCAGCUAUCUUCCCCACUCAUCCAGCCGUAGGCCGCGUACACACUUGUCCUGUCUACAGCUGUCUAUCCUGCAGUCCUGUUACGAGACCUGUGCUCACCCUAAUGCAAUGGAGUGUGAGGCGAUUGGCACUGAGCUGAAUCUGCCGCUCAAAGUUGUGCAGAUCUGGUUCCAAAACACCAGAGCCAAGGAGAAGCGCUGGAGGUUGCAGCAGGAAAAACUGUCUCCUCUGUCAGGUGGAAAGGUGGACAUGAGCUCAGGAAGCUACUUGCAGUACAACGCUCUCAAAGCCAAUCGUCCCAUCCUGCCCAAACCCGUUCAGCUGACAAUUACUGAGCCUGCAACUUCCCCUGUGGCCGGCCAGCCAGUGCCAAAGGAAACCCUGACAGGCCGCUGCGAUGCCUGUAAUGUCUCCUUUGAAUCCCGGGCGGCAGCGAGGGCCCACGUCUUCUCCCCACGCCAUCUGGCAACCCUGAGAACCACUAACUUUGGACAGCCGACGACGCUCGUCAACAAGAAUGGCACCGGUAAUGGUGGACCUGGAAGUGCUGUGCCGGGCUCGCAGGUCUCUCAUUCCACUCCGGUUACCAGUUCUGGAGGGGAGAGGGUUAUCGAGUCGCCUCCGCCAACGGCCACCAGCAACAGUUAAACACUCAGAUCAGGAUUGGUCUGCACACUGACUAUUCUUGGACCCAUUUGGGCUCCUCAGAUUUUAAUAAACAAAUUUGAGCACUAAUCAAAAGCUAAUAUUGUUUAGGUUUUGAAGUUGGCUCCCCCUGCACCCGCUAUCCUUUGCUCAACCUUCACCGACUCGAAAUCCGUUAAUCUACAGAGUUCACCUGGAAUCCAACACAACAGCAGACUAUUUCCACGCGGCUUCCCACGUAAUCAGCUGCUGUCUGAUUGGUGAUGAUCGUGUCUAGAGUUUCCCCCGAUCCUCACACACUGUAUCCAAACAUUUUUGGUCCUAACCCUGUGGUUAUAUAAUACCUAACUUCAGUGACCUUCCUGUAGUUUGUAAAGGCACUCAACUUGCCAUGCUUGAACUGUCCUCCUCUCAAGACUGAUGCAAAAGUAUUUCCUCUUUGGAAGUGGCCAUUUGACGGUGGGCCCAGAAACACUUUUUGGGAUAAUAACAUAAAAUACUCACAUUAGUAACUCCCAGUUUGCUCCUGUGGAAUUGCUUUUCUUAUGCCUCCUCUCACUUCUAGAGCAAAGAUUGCUUGGCUAAAGCUGGACUGGACUGAACCAUUGAAAGAGGAUUAACUGACUGUCACCUUUUAAUUUGCUAUGGCAGUGUGAUCUGAAGAGUGUUGUGUCUACUGAUUUGGGAUAUAUAAAAGAGGUACUUUGGAGAAAAUAGGGCUGUUGAAUCGUCCCCAUUUACAUGUUCACAGUUUUCACGACAAUCCAAAUAGACAGGGCAAAAAGAAAAAAAAAUCCUGGCAUACGGCACUUUGACACAUUUUACAUUGUUUGAAAUGUUUUUAAGCAUUCUAAUGCAAGUGUCUUUUUUAUGGAAAGAUACAAUAAUGCAUGUGGGAUGCCUUAAUAUAAAUUACGUGAAAUACAUUGAUUUUGUUUUUCUAGUCUAAUGAAACAUGCUUUAGGUGUGAGAAUAAUAUUGUGGAAAAUACUGACCUGGGAACAAAUGGAGAGGGGCUCUGUUUCAAAAUGCUUUCAUAUGCAUUUGUGGGGGGUUCUCUGAAUCAUGUAUUCUUUAUCUGGGGCAUAAUGAAUCCUGCCUGUAAAGUUCUCAUCCUUUUCCCGGCCAAGGACUAUAAUUACCACCUAUCUUGCUUUUACAACAAGUUUGAUCCUGUUGAUUUCUUUUCUCUCCAAAAUGUUUAGAUCUCAAUUUGGAAUACAGCUCUUCAAACCAGUUGAAAGGUAAUGUUUUCACCUCCUGUGAGUUGUUAGAAACAUUACUGCCUUAAGAGUAAACACCUCGAGCUACAUCAACUCAAGCCCAGGUGAUCCUUGUAUAUUGUUAGUGAAUAAAUUUCCCCCACACAUGGCAAAUUUAAGCUUAUUACAUUACUUUCCUGGUUUUGUUUUUCCAAGUUAAGGUCUCCAUAUUAUUCACUUCAGUAUUUAUAAAAAUGACAAUUAAAUCAUUAAAAAAUUGGUGUAAUAUUUUUAUUUAGGUCAAACCCAAACCUCUGUAAUAUUAAAAGAAAGGGGCUUGAAAUGGGCCAUUUCCCACACUUUUUUUUUUGUCCCCACGUCUUGUUCAGUUGUUCAGAGUUACUAAUUCUGGUAAUGUACGUGCUGUGAAAAGAGACCUGACACCUGGAAACCGUGACGAGGGAGAAAGAUGGGUUUUUAAACAUUAUCCUUGUGGGACUAAUGGAUACUUCGGUCUAGGAAGCAAAUUGGGAAACAUUAAACGUGUUGACUGAGAGCUGACGAGAUGGUGCUGUGUUGAAGGACACAUAACGUACUAAAGAUGUUUUCCUUCAAUUUAAUUUGUAUAUUAAUGUUACUAUGGAUAGUUUUAACAAAAUGCAAAAUGAAAACGUGAACUUUUUUGUAAAGAAAUAUAUUAAAAAAAUAACUGAUAUUCCAAAGUAAUCCUCCCUUUGCUUUCUGUCAUUCAAAAACCAAAAAGCUAUCUUGAGGUUGACAGAGGGCGGGAGAGGGGUUCAUAAAUGCAAACUGUAAAGGACAUCCCACGGCUUGAAACUUGCACUAGUCCACAAUUCUUUUGCACAAGCUACAGACAUUUGAAAAAGAACACAGCCAUUAACAUGACAUUAAGAGUCACUCGGUGUGGUUUUUGAAACGACUGGGGUAACGACACGCUCUCAUGAAUAAUAAUCUGUACUCCUGUUGGAAACUGUAUCUUGUCUGUAAAACAAGGACUGCAGUGCUUGGACCUCAAGACUGGGAUCUCUCUCUCUCUCACACACACGCACACACACAAACGGUGUUGCACUGUCCAAACUAGAUAGGUUUUUAUGGAGAUCUGCUUUUUAUCCUCUAUGUUUUGUCACUUUGAUUAUCACUUGUUAUAACUGUACUACUACUUAUACAAUUUAUCAUUUAUACUCAUCACUGUUUUUUGAUUAUUAUUGAUCCAUAAUGGUUUUAAAUGCCACCUCUGCUCAACAAGAGUAUGGUAUUCCUUUGAAUAUUGAACAAUAAUAGUGGCAGUGUUGAUAUGAAUUGUUAGAUUUUUGAUUAAGCUUAUUUUUCCUCCUCACUUGUACCUGCCUUUUUGUGUUUGGUCUCCAUUAUGCUUUCUUUGAUAUACAGAAAAAGAAAUAAAAUCAGUUGAACAACAAA